GUUGACAUUUUCCAUGGCAUCAAAGUGAUAGACGAUUUGCGUGUCUGCUUUCGACACUUCAUCAAACUUCAAACUCAAAGAUCGUUUUACUCUUAUGUCGAGGUGCAGAAUUUUGAAUGAUAACAGUUGAAUCAACGGAUUUAUCUGAAAUUAUGUCAUAUCAUGAACUGCGUUGUUUGUUCCAAAGAAUCAGCUCAUAAAUGUCCGGCCGUUUGCGCAUACGAGAGACUUUUGUUGACUCGGUUACAGUACUGUAGCGGCUGAACGUACGUUUCUCCCCCCGCCCGGCCCCGGGACCGUUGGCGUUGAGGAGUCGUCCGGUGGAGCAUUGCCAACAUGUCGCUCCGAACGCGAAUGAACGGUUUCACAGCCUGGGUUAAUCUCAGGCUCAAUAAGUAUGACAUGCUGCUGAAAAAUGUCCUCAUGGAUCUGUUAGGUGGAACAAAUAUGAAGAUGCUUUUACAAAGUAUGACUGGAAUCGAUAACAAGAAACUUCAGAGCUUUGAUGGUCUCACACAUCAACAGAAAGCUACAAGAAUGGAAUGGAUUGUCAAAGAACUCAAAGAAAAUGAAGUUAUUCCAGGUGAUAUCUUCGUAGACUUCAGACUCUUUGCCAUGAGGCAUGCUGAACAUCCUGAUGAUGUUGAUAAUAUUGAUGAUUAUGAAGCCGCUGGAGUGUUUGAUCUUCUAUGGAGACUUGUAAGUCAUGAUAUCUGGUUUACCUGGGACAGGUUGGAGUACCUCACUACCAAUGAUGAUAGGAUUCUGUGUGAGGUUCCUUUUGAGUGGACGCCAAAACCUCCGCCUGAGAAGAAGAAGAAAAAGAAAGUCUCGUACCAAAAAUCUUUCCUUUCUGGAUUUGGCGGCUCUUCCUUGAUCGCUGACACCCUACCAGACAGUCCGAACCCUUUUGAAAGCCCUCCCGAAUCCCUUGUAUCCUCACCCGCACCCUCCACCCCGCCCCUGCCUACCCCGCCCCCUCCUCCCUACACCCCAAACUCUGCAGGAUCGCUCAGAUCACACGGGGAAUCGGAGAGCCCGCCGCCUCCCGAGCCGAAACACGUCCGAUUCCCCGGAGAGGAUUUCUGCAAGAAGUUCAAGAAGAAAUCCCAACACCGGCCCGACCCUGAGGAGUGUAUCCUGGAGAUGGUCACUACCAUGCUGAAUAGUACAAGGGAGGGCCGAAAGCUGAACGUAGAGGGCCUUGAUGAUCUGGUUGAUAGUCGAGUCCUGUGUGAGUUGGUCAACUCCUUCAUCCCAGGUACGUUCACCACCGAGGUUCUUCUCAACGAUCGCUGGACCAUCAACCUUGCCCUCAAGACCUUUGAGAAGAUGAUACGCAUCAAUACUCCGAUAGAUUCCUCAGAUCUUUUAGAGGCUGAUCCCAUGGCUGUGUGCUGUGCUAUGUGUGUUUACUUCAUGUGUGGAUUCAAGAUCAGACAGGCCAAAGCCGUCAUUAACAGACUGAUUGAGUUGGAGCAUCAAACAAGGGCAGCACAACACGAUCUUGACAAUCUUCCGGAGGUUCUUGAAGACGUUGAGCUGAUCAAGAAACGCAAGAUGCUGAAGGAAACUCUAGAAGAUUGCAACCAAGAGAGAGUGUUAAUAGAGAGUAAGUUUGACGUUGGAGCGUGCAGGCAAUGGUGGAAACACAUAGAGACUAUUCAAACAGAGACUCGGGAAGCUAUCUCCAAGAAGAUGACGGACCGAUUCGAUCAAAUGACCGUCCCGAGAGCGGUCAGUAUGAAUGACCUCUGCAUCUCGCUGGCCAUCAAUCUGACCCUCACUCAGGGGUCGGGCUUCUACCUCUGCAAGGCCAGAGAGACGGUCACCACUGACCGCCGCAUCGUUCUCAAGGACGCUGAGACCGGCGACUUCAUAGAUGACUUCACCCAUGGCAAGGGGCCAAGUAAAAUCAAUAUUCGCAGGAUUUUAGGAGUAUCCCUUUACGAACCGUUCGACCUAGUUCCUUCAAACUACCCCCAAUAUGAGAUCUAUGUUGAAAGUCCAUCAAAGAAUAAACUACUCAAAGCAGGGAGCAUAUUUCUGUACCAAGUGUUUCCCGGGAACUACACGCAAUGGGAGAAUCUCUUCUUCAAAGCGUGUAAAGUAGGAGAGUAUGAUACUGUCUACAAACUUAUCGUCUUCUUCCAAGAGAAGCGACCAAGUUUCAUCAACGCUCGUGAGAAAAAGACCGGCAAUAUGGGCCUCCACAUGGCCGCAAGGAAUGGUCAUUAUGAUAUUGCAUUGUUUCUGCUUGAGAAUGGAGCUAAACUCGAUGCUAAGAAUGUCAGCGGCGCUUCCCCUUUCUUCGGUGCAGUUGAGGGAUUACACAAAGGGAUCAGUCAGAUGUUUCGGAUAAGUGAUGGCGCCGGGAAAACCUCUUUUGCGCAAGAAGGCAAGGGAGCUCAUGGUAAUACUGCUCAGCUUCUGCUAGAGUGGGGAGCUAAUAUAUGGAUGAAGAAUAAAUUGGGAAAGACAGCAUUUGAUAUCUCUAAGAAUGAUGAACAGAGAACGGAGUUAGUGGGUUAUUACGAUCAUCUUCAGAACUGUAUUCCCCGAUUGAUGAGAGGUGAUAUUGCCCUCUUGAGACGACUUGUAGAAGAUCAUUUCGCAGGAGUACGCAAGUUUGCUAGUCUACGAAGCAGAUCCAUCAAUGGUAGCACACUAAUCCACACAGCUGCCUACUUUGGUGUUGUUCCAGUUCUUAAGGUUCUUUUGAAAGAACGUGUUGAUGUGAAUCUAAGGGAUUAUAAAGGUGCUACCCCACUACACAGAGCUAAGGAUAAACCUACCAUAAGGCUGCUGCUUGAAAACGGUGCUAAGCUAAACGCCAUUGAUGGUGAAGGGAACACGCCCCUCCAUGUAAAGUGCUAUGGGGAAGGAGGACAACCAACACAGAUGGAAUGUAUACAACAACUGUUGUCAGAGAACAUCAACUUGGUCCAUCGCAAUCACAAGGAACUGAUGGCCAUCCACUGCUGCGCCAUGCAGGGGAGGAUCGAUGCCAUUCAGGUGCUCCUUGACCUAGACGCUACCAAAGAGGGCGCCAUACGAGCGAGCCUUGAGAAGGAAGACCCCAAGUCGCCCCCAUCGCUGCCUCACCUCUCCCUGGCCAAUGAUUUCCUGGAGUGCGGGGAGUGGCUGAUCGAUCAGGGUUUUACCUUCAAAGAACAUGAGCAGGAUAUACUCGUCCACAGGUUACUCACAGAGCAGAUUAAAAGUAAGCAGCGUCUGGACAUCAUGCGGUUUCUCUUCAAGCAUGGUGCGGAUCUAGACCAAAGAUACGCCGGAGGCAACACCCCUUUGCAUUAUGCGGCUGGAAUGAUGCUUCACACAAAGCGUAAAGAACCAGUCCAUUAUGCUGCGGGGAUGACAGGACCAACUGAUAUACUGGAGCUUCUCAUCGAGUACGGUGCAGACUUAGACUCGGUCAAUGAUGAUAAUUGCACCCCUCUCUUCUUCGCUACCCAGUCCAACAGUUACUUCGCAGCUAGUGUCUUAUUGAACGGAGGGGCCAACGUGAGGCAUAAGAAUAUCCAAGGUUUGACUGCAUUUGACUGCAUCAUCGACUUUGACGAGUGGUUAGAAUGUGGAUUCUUUACAGACGAGGUCAAGGCAAGGCUAAAAGCUCACAGCCUGAAGCACGCCAGGGAUCUGGUACGAGCUAUCACCCAGAAGGUCAGAGGCUCCCACCGCAAGGGGCUCUUUGCCCAGGCAGCCCUCCGCUCGAACGCUCAGAACCAGGGGGUCGAUCGUCAGCACCCCCUCUCUGCCUCAUUACCAAUCAGGGGGGCGUUGAAGGGUAAUCUGAAUAAUAGCAAUAUGAAGCUCGGACAGGGUACCAUACUGCCCCCUCUCAAACCAAGAACUUUCAUGAAGAACUAGCAAUAAAGUUAUUAUUAUGAUAAUAGUAUUCAUUUAGGGUUCUUUCAUUCAUGUAGCCAGGGGCCUGGGAACGAUUUAGGGUGUCCAAAUUUCAUGAAGAACUAGCAAUAAAGUUAUUAUUAUGAUAAUAGUAUUCAUUUAGGGUUCUUUCAUUCAUGAAGCCAGGGGCCUGGGAACGAUUUAGGGUGUCCAAAUUUCAUGAAGAACUAGCAAUAAAGUUAUGAUAUUAAAUGAAAAGAGUAUUCAUUAAUAGGGUUCUUUCAUUCAUGUAGCCAGGAGCCUGGGAACGAUUUAGGGUGUCCUGGGGCCCAUUGCAGAAAGAGUUGCAAUCAAUCGCAACUCUAAAAAUCAUGCGCAACUUGAUUUUCAACAGCGCGCAUUUGGGACUUGCCACUGAUUUUUUGACUUGCGUUUAAACGCAACUCUUUCUGCAACAAGCCCCUGGUUGGUUAAGAAAAUAUAGAGGUGAUUUUUUUUUCACACCUCUGCUCUAAAAAAAAAAGAUUAUGUGAAUCUUGUCUAUGUGAUAAUUUUGUAAACGAAGCCUAAUGAGCACACCAACCAAAAUUUCACCCCAGAAAUACCCCAGCACCCCGCUUCUAAGGGUCAUGCAUGUAGCGCAUUACAUGUACUGUACCAUAUUAUCUCCAGACCCUUCCAAUGGGACUAGGAAAGAAUUACCCUGGCUUUAGGCGGGCAAGCCUUUUACAGGACACAAGCUUUUCAAGGAAUGAAUUCCUGCUGGGUACCCGCUUACCUCACCUGGGUUGGGUGCAGCACAAUUUGUGGAUCAAUUUCUUGCGGCAGGAAAUUACACCAUGGCUAGACCCAGUGGUCUGUAUCAUUGUGUUACCCUGAAAUCUUAUUUAUUUCAGCCACUGUUGUAAAGUCAAGCGUUUCCCUGACUUGGAUGGUAUCGUAGGGAAAGUUACAACCAAAGAAAGUAAAGUCUUAUGGAGAUCAUUUUCUAUUGAAAAAUGGCAAGUGCAUGGUUAUCACUUUGAAAAAGAUUUAACGGUGUCUAUUGACCUCAUUCAACUUUUCUUUGGCAUAUUCUUGGAUUCUUUGGAGUUUUCAUGAAUUUUUCACAACUUGAUGCACAACUGGAACUUGUUCAUGCCAUUUAUUGGGUGGUAAGUCUUUAUUCUCAGUCAUUUUGAUUCCUAUAAGAAUGACUGAGAAAUGACUGAGAAAAGUUCUUAUAUGUAUUUACUUAAAUAUACUUUGUAAUAAAAAUAUUUGCUAUUUAAAAGGUAAUAUGCAUACAAGUCUUUCAUAUCUAAUAUAUUUUUCUGAUUUAUUUACUUCAUAUGAAAGAACAAAAAUCAAUUUUGCUUGUUAUAUACAAUAUUGAUGAUAACAAUAAUAAACAGUUUUUGUAAAGCGCUCAUCUCUCAGAAAAAAAUCUUAUAUGCUUCCAAAGAACUUUGGUAUAAUUUCCCCGAUUUAAGCUGGUUGAUACGAUUUGCAUUAUUUUAUUAAUUUGUAUGAUAAUGUACAUUAAAUGUAUUUUUUCUACCAUUCUAUUGUACAGCUGUAAAUAUUGUACAAAAAGAGUAAAUAUUUGGCUUUUUGUGCUAAAUAAAUGGAAUCAUGAAAUAUAA